AUGGAGAAGCCCUCUCUGUCCCUAAACUUCCUUCAUCUUCUUUGUCUUCCAUUUUUUUUGUCCCUUCAGUCGACUCAAGCUCAGCUGCUAUCCGUUGCUCAAACAGUGCCGGCCUUGUAUGUGUUUGGGGACUCCAUAGUUGACAGUGGCAACAACUUAAAUACAGUAGUAAAUGCAAGCUAUCUGCCCUACGGAUAUGACUUCCCUUCCCCGGCCUCAGGCAGAUUCACAAAUGGCAAAACAGUAGCAGAUAUGCUGGGUUUGUUGCUCAAUCUUUCACUCUCCAUUCCAUUAUGGGCUUCUGAAAUAGACAAAAGUGGUACAACCAUAGAGGGUUUCAACUAUGCAUCUGCUACUGCUGGUAUUCUUCCCGAUACUGGAUGUGAAUUGUGGGGGAACACCUGGGGCAUGCAAGAACAGAUUGCUUUGUUUAAUAAGACAGUUGAAAACUACUUGCCACGGCAAAUCAAGAACCCAGAGGAGCUUUCCAAAUACUUGUCAAGAUCUAUUUUUGUAAUUUCUGUUGGCAGCAAUGACUAUUUGUACAAUUACCUUCAGCCACGAUAUUGCACUGCUCGUAGAAAGUACGACAUGUACACAUUUGGCGACCUUCUCAUGUCGGAAUUGGAGAAACAAUUGAAGGAUUUAUACGAGUUAGGUGCUAGGAAGAUAGUGUUGUUUGAACUUGGCCCCAUUGGUUGUUUUCCGAUGGUUAGGAAGAAAGGUGAACAGAAUGCGAGGUGUGAUGAAGAUUUAAAUACCAUGCUGACCGUCUUCAAUGGCAAGCUCUAUUAUAAGCUGACAGACAUCGCCUCCUCGCUUGUGGGCACAACAUUCAUUAUCGCACAAACUUUCAAGCUUAUUUACGACAUGGUGGAAAAUCCUUUUGAAUAUGGGUUAAACGAUGCAACAGAAACAUGUUGCGUUGUUGAAGAAAAGGGAGCGAGACUGUGCGUUCCGGGCAAGCUUCCAUGCGACGAGAGGCACUCAUAUCUGUUUUGGGAUCAGUUUCAUCUGACGGAGGCCGCAAACAAGAUUGUUGCGAGCAAAUGUCUGAAUGAGUCCAGUAUUUGCACGCCGAUGGGGUCCGUGGAACCUGAGGGGCAAGCUGCAUCAGGACAACCACCAAUCUUUACUGCUUUUAGUACACUGGGGUGA